GGAGAGCAUAUAUAGUGAAUGCAGGGUCCGGGAGACCAGAUAUAGUGAAUGCCGACCGGAUAUAGUGAAUGCAGGGUCCUGGGAGACCAGAUAUAGUGAAUGCAGGGCCCGGGGAGACCGUAUAUAGUGAAUGCGGGGUCCGGGGAGACCGUAUAUAGUGAAUGCGGGGUCCGGGGAGAGCGGAUAUAGUGAAUGCGGGGUCUGGGGAGAGCGGAUAUAGUGAAUGCGGGGUCCGGGGAGAGCGGGAUAUAGUGAAUGCGGGGUCCGGGGAGAGCGGAUACAGUGAAUGCGGGGUCCAGGGGAGAGCGGAUAUAGUGAAUGCAGGGUCCGGGGAGACCGGAUAUAGUGAAUGCAGGGUCUGGGGAGAGCGGAUAUAGUGAAUGCGGGGUCCGGGGAGACAAGAUAUAGUGAAUGCGGGGUCCGGGGAGACAAGAUAUAGUGAAUGCAGGGUCCGGGGAGACAAGAUAUAGUGAAUGCGGGGUCCGGGGAGACCGG